AUGGCUAUGCUUUCCAACAAGCUUGAGUAUCUGCCAAAGAAUAAUAGGAAGUUUCCGAGAAAGAAAGGUGGCUAUAAGAACUCCAAGAAAGAAGAUCAUAAGGGAUGCUUUAACUGUAAGAAGCCAGGACAUUUCAUUGGUGAUUGCCUUGAUCUUCAGAAGGAGAAAUCAAAGGACAAGUCAAAGAAGUCAAGCUUCAACACAAGGAAAUUCAUAAAGCAGAUCAAAAAGAGUUUAAUGAAGCUACAAGAAAAGUGUAAUGGAAAGUCUUUAAGUAAAGAAGAAAUUGCUCUUGAUGAGUAUAUUAUGUCUAGUAUUGACAUAAGCAAAGUUGCUUCUAUGAUUUAUAGCAUUUACAGAAACAAUGGUAAAGGGGUUAGAUUUUCAGAAGGGAAACCAAAUGAAAUCAGUCUUAAAGCCUGUUGUGAAUGCAUCAAGAAAGGUUUGAAAACCGUCUUUGUACCUGAAAGUGCUAAGAGUGAAACCGUUGUUCAGUCAGAAUCUUAA